UGCGCAUAAAGUCAUGGUAUACUCAGCUUCUUUGAUACGCGCGGGCGUAGUAUCGCUGCUCGCAGCGACAGUCUGUCUAGCACAGCAUCUAGUACAAACCCCCCAAGUACUGGGUGUGCAGAUCACACCCGAGUCUCUCAAGGCGCACCACACCGAUGGCUACCGUGUCGACCUCGGAUUUGUAAUCCGACAGAACCAGAAGUUCGAUCUAAUUGUCGAGACGGAUUCGCCUCUGAAGAACGGGGAGACAAUCCUCAUGGCUACUGAUUUGGGACCGGACGUCGCCUCUCCUCAAUUUAUGACUCAUACAGUCGAGGAAGGGUCCCACGAUAAGGAGUACAUUGUAACGGUCAUGGCUGAAGAUGAAGAGCCUCUGGGCAAGUACGAAGAUCUAAUCUUCUAUGUGGCACAGGUCGAGGAGGGCCACGCCAAACCCUCCGAGCAGUAUAUGUACAGCUACCCUUUCCCCGUAUACCUGAUCUUCAACCCGUGGCAUCCCAACUCCGUCUUCUACAUGGAAGAUGAGGCUGAUCUGGAGGAGUAUGUACUGAGUGAGCGCGGUCCCGUGUACACUGGUACAGCUCAUACUCAUGAGGCUAUCGAUUGGUGGUACGGCAACCAAGAUGAGCUCGCUCUGGAAGCAGCAUUCUGGAUGUUGAAGACACUGGACUCGAACAAGAUGCACGAUCCCUUGGCUAUCGUUCAGCACAUCUCGCACAACAUCGGAAUGGUGAACAUGACGGACAAGAACAUACCCAUAAGAGGCCGUCUUGAUGGAAUUCUGGAAGGCCGUUGGGCCGAAGACUUCCCUGCGCCAUCACAUGAGCCCGGAUACUGGAACAGCACCAUCGACAUCAUCAGCCGAUGGAAGGAUGCAGGCCACAAGCCGGUUAAGUAUGGCCAAUGCUGGGUGUUUGCAGCGAUCCAGAAUACCUACCUACGAACUUUGGGAGUGCCAACCCGUCAGACAUCGGCAAUGGCCAGCAUGGUCGGUGCUUCACCCAAGGUCUUCUCGGACCACAAGGACCAUCACGUAGUCAACUAUUACUACAACAGAAACGGUACUCUGGUAUACAAGGAAGGACAUGUAUGGAACUUCCACAGCUGGAAUGAUAUCUUCAUGAAGCGAGCAGUUAAGAAGUAUUCCGGUUGGAACGUGAUGGACGGUACUCCCGGUGGUACAGGACCGGCCCCUGUGCAAGCUAUCCACGAUAUGGAUGACGACGCCGACUUCAACGUUACCUCUAGCAUUUCAGGUGUCCACGCAACACUGCGUGAGUUCCUGGUAGACGACUGCACUCCCCCGAAGAAGGGUGAGAAGCCCGCCGAUAUGCACGCCAUUCCCAAGCCCGAGUACUGCCAUAUCAGUAAGGAAAUCAAGCAUAAGACAGAUGGAGUGCCGUUAGUCUUGACUAAGAAACAAGGAGUGAUGUCUGUGGAGAAGGAAGGUGAACUCGACAUCACUGCAGAAUAUCUGAAUCCUACGAUGGAUGCGUACAUUCCUACUAAACACAACCCAUGGGUCAAUGACACUGAAGAGACCGAGCCGUCGGCCGCCAAUGGGGUUGAGGAAAAGCACUUCCCACUGUAUGAGGGUGGACAACAGCUGCUUUCUGUCGAUCUUGAGCUUAAAGACCACAAACUAAGUUUUGGACAGGCCAUCAGCGGCGAGGUGACUAUUCAGGCACCAUAUACUGACACAGUGGAUGUGACUCUGAUUGUCGAUCUUAAAACUUACGAUGAUCGUCUUAUUGAAGAGAUGCACCGUGUUGUACACUCUUUGCCUAUUAGCGAAGAUCAUCCACUCUCCCUACCGUUCCUAGUACAACCUUCACUGGCCGAGUCGAAGACUCCCUCGACCGUCUACGCCGAGCUUCGAGUGCUAGCUAUCACAAAGAACGCUGACGAGGUGGUACUGCACAAGGAGACUAUUAUUCUGUCGCGUGAGCCAAAUAGAAGUGUUCCCGAAGUAGACCAAGCUCGUGAUAUUGAUGGUGAUCAGGAUCAGGGCGAGAGUGCACAUUACUACCGCGCGCUUAUGCGUAUGAAUAAUCGCUUCAUGCUAGGUUAAAACAAGAACCCUUUCUGCAAGAAGUUGACCCGGCAAUAUCCUGAUUUUAUCUGUGUAUAUACACGCACAUAUGAAUAUAUAUAUAUAUAUAUAUAUAUAUAUAUUGCUUAUGUGAGCAUUCUAACGCUGUGUUGCCUUGAUGUGGGAUGGUAAGACAAUAAACGCUAAAUUUGAGUCCCAAUGAUGGAGAAAAUACAUACUAUCUCAAAAC